CAUCUACCUAGUAGACUAAGACCCCCAGACAGAGCUACGCUAUCACUUGCACUACCCUAUUUACCUACUAAUCUUGGCCAUCAAGGCCAUCACGCAAUUCUGCCAGCGCCAUCCCGUUGAAACACCAUCAGCUGAUAUGCAUCUCUCUGUCUGGGACUGGCAUAAGAGAAGAGACCGCUAGCCUAGCCCAUGAUGACAGGGUCUUGCCACGGGUAAGCGGCGCUGGACCGAAUCGGCUAAGGCAGGAAAUAUGGCAUCGCAUGUGGCAUGUGAAGCAAGGAGCUAAUAUAAAGGACCAAAUGGCGUCUUGCACUCUGUCCCGGUUCGCCAUUCUUAGCCUUUCCUCUGUUAUCAGAUCCGACGAGACCCGCUAUCUAGUCUAGCUAGCCAGCAGUGUCAUUUGUUUGUUCACCUGUGCAGAGAUCGAAGACCUGGCAAUUUGUCGUGCGUGUUAGAAACACAAUUCAGAGAUCAUGGCUGUAACUCAGAUCCCGAGACAGCCCGUGGCUAUCACGCCCUCCGCCGAGGAGAUCAAGAACAAGCGUCUAUCAGAGGCAAACCUAAAGACUGCGGUGGACGCCCUGGCCGCAGAUGGCGUCGUCGUUGUUGAAGAUGCCAUCCCACAUGAGGACUUGGACCACCUUAAUGCCAAGAUGAUUCAAGACUCCAAGCUUCUCCAGGAAAGGGGCGAGGACAGCCCCUUCAACUACAACAAAGGAAACCUCCAGCAGGAUGCUCCCCCUUGGGCGGAGUACUUCCACCCCUCCAUCUUCUGCAACCCCAUCGCAACCCAGAUCACAUCUGCCGUUCUCGGCCCCCGUCCCAAAUGGACGUUCGCCUCAGGCAACGCCGCCAUGCCCCCUCUACCAGGCACUGAAAACGAGCGCCAGCCCGUGCACAACGACGUCGAAUUCCCGCACCCACCUAAGUGCUUCGCCCUAGUGACCAACGUGCCUUUAAUCGGCAUGAACCCGGAGAACGGGUCAACAGAGACAUGGCCGGGCACACACAACCGCACCGUGGCCAAGGAAGGCGGCCAGAAGGGCCAACGCGCCACAGGCCACAUCCCGCAAGACCAGCUGGACGCGCAGGUCGCCGUGGCCGGUCCUCCAUGCCAGCCGACGCUGCGCAAGGGCAGCUUCGCGAUCCGCGACUUCACGAUAUGGCACGCGGGCAUGCCCAACAAGACGCAGGACAUCCGCAUCAUGCUGGCGCAGAUCCACUUCGCCAGCUGGUUCCCGAACCCGACGCGUCUCGAGCUAUCCGAGGACAUCAAGCCCGUCCUCGAGGAGCUUGAGGCCAAGGGAGAACUCGGCCUCGAGGUCCCCGUCAACUGGGUCCCCAAGGAGCAGGUCAUGGCCACCUACCUCGACCGCGCCCUGGGUAAGAAGUACAAGACCAACAAGACUGAGGAGGAAUAAAUCCUUCAAAGAAAGAGGGAAAGGGAAAAUCCAUUAAAAAAAAGAGAGGGUUUAAACUAUACUUUCUUCAAAUACCCCGUAUGCUCCUCGAGCACAACCCGCUCUUUGCUCGCAUCUAUAACAGAAUGGGGAAAGAGGGCCGGUUAUUGUAUAACUGGUGAUGUGCUAAACCAGCUACAUGCCACGAGGAGUUCAGCUAAGCGUCCAAAGUCAUAAGGAGCUUCCAACGCCUCAAGCAAGCGAUUGUAUGUACAGAUUAUGCCCUGCUAGAAAUAUAAAGAAACAUAUAAACUGUAAAA